UCGCCUGCGGGUUUAGAAAUGGAGGCGCGCCGCAGCUACACCUCCAAGCAAACGUUGGAGCAAACGCGGCGCGGUUUUGAUCAGCAAUGAGGUUUUGUGCUUGUUGCCCGGGUUAGAGAGCCCGCCCGCCCUGUCGAUCCGUUUUUGUGUGUGUGUGUGUUGGAGAUCCAUCGUUUUUCCUCUCGUUCCUUUCAAGAGUUUGGGGCUGGGGUGGGGGGUGGGAUCUCAUUUGUUGGCAUAAUGUGGAUCCCUGGAGGAUUGUUCCUGAUUUUGGGGGUCGUUUGCAGAAGUGAAGCUGAAGAAAACGCCACGGCAGGCCCUCCUCUUGAGCUUUCUUUGGGAAAGUAUAAGGAUGUAUUGCUAAAUGAAACCAUUCCAACUGAAGCAGUAUUAAGGAAUAUUGCCAGCAACGUGACUGCCAUUGUCUUUCAGAUCCAUGCUCACCAAAAGAAUGUGACCAUCUCCUUUGAUAAGAAACCAUCCAUAAACAACUCAGGAACUGGAGUAGACAAAGGGCUGGUUUAUAUCCUUCGGCCGCAGCAGACUGUGUGCACGUGGUAUUUGCAAGCUGUGGAUACUGAUCGAGUGUUGAGCACAGCUGUUUCUUUCUCUUAUGCUGAAAGAGAUCCAAUUCCUGGAGGCUGCAACCUGGAAUUUAACUUGGAAAUUGACCCCAAUAUCUAUUUAGAUUAUAACUUGGCUGAGACACAUGUUAAAUUUGCCCCAGCAAAUCUGGGGUACAUGAGGGGUACAGAUCCUCCUUCAUGUGAUUCUGGAACUACUCAGGAUGCUAGGCAGCAACUAUACUAUGAUGUCUAUCAGUACUUCCUACCAGAGAAUGACCUGUCUGAAGCAGCGUUUGUGAACCACAUGAGGAAGAUGUCUGAGGUGCAAAAUAUCAGAGCUAAUGGGGUUAAAAUGCUGACCUUAACUAGCCAAGACAAAACAGACUUGUAUUUUUCCUCACUUCCGGGACAAGGAGUGAUUUACAAUGUCAUAGUGAGGGACCCACUGUGGAACACCUCAGCUGCAUAUGUACCUGUUCACACAUAUGCGUGUAGCCUCUCUGCUUCGGUGGAUAGCUGUUCCACUCUCAGAAAACUCUCCACCAAAAUAUUUUUCACAGCACUUGCUGUCUUUGGCCUCUUCAUCUGUUUCCUCGGACACAGGUUCUGGAAAACAGAUCUAUUCUUUAUGGGCUUCAUCUCCAUGGCGUUCUUUUUCUUCAUCACCAUUACUAGAACAUCGGCUCUUGAUUACGAUGUCAGUCUUGGUCUUACAGCAGUAGUUGGAGUUCUUGGAGGCCUCUUAUUGGUGGCUUAUUGGUGGCGAUUUGGCUUUGUGAUCCUAUGUAUGUUGAUUGUAGGACUAGUGCUGGGAUUCCUUGUUGCGUCUAUGGUCUUCUUCACUCCCUUAGGAGAUUAUAAGGUUUUCCAAGAUGAUGCUGUAUUCUGGGUGACUUUCUGUUGCAUCACCUUGAUGGUCCCAACAGUUUUUGUUGGCUGCCCCAGAGUUCUCAACAUCCUGGCGUGUGGCAUAAUAGGAUCUUAUACCAUAGUCUUGGCUACAGCGUGUUACGUAUUCACAAGCCUUUCGUACAUUGGCAUAGACCUGCUCCGAAGGAUUCUAAAUGAAGGCUUCAGGAGAGCUUACACUAGUGUGCCCUUUCAGCCUAACGACCUCAUCAUCUUGGCAGUGUGGGCAAUGCUGGCAAUUGGGGGAAUAACGGUACAGCUACGCCGAGAGAGACGCAAGGCACCUUUCCCACCGCACCCCUAUCGGCUAUGGAAGCGUGAUCGAGAGCGCAGGGUAACGAACAUCCUAGAUCCCAGUCAUCAUGUCCCUCCCCUGAGAGAGAGGAUCCAUAGUAAGCUAUCCCAGAUGAAGGAUUUUUUCCGAAAAGAGCAACCAGCUGGGGAAAGAACGCCGCUACUCUUGUAAACUGACGUACAAUUGAAAAGACUUGAGAAAUCUAGCCGGAGGCUUUUGGGAACUAGUAAGCAUCCCCUUGGUGCUGAAGACUUCGUUACUUGCCUUCCUCAACAAAAACUAGAAUGGACUAGAGAAAGAUUCACACUUGCCAGCUCUGCUCUGCUUAGUGAUCUGCCUUCUGUGCUGUAGCACACAGGCACUUCUAUCUGGUUGUAGUUUGUGACAAGGAUGGAGUUCACGUACAUGCAAUGUGUUUAAGUUAUUGGGGUGGGGAGGGGAGGAUGGAGAGGUGGCUUAAUGGUGAGGUGUGUAACUUUGAAAGCUUUAGAACCCUUAGAAAAAGGGAAAUGGUCACUUCAAGCACAUGCAUAGUUCUUCCCUUAUCUUCAAAAACAGUAUGGAACGCCGCCCUUUUUAGAAUAGGUUUAGGUUAUGAGCCAAAUGUACAAAAUGUGGGGGACAGUAGUUGAGGAUUUGGCUACAAAUAAAAGAACAGCGUCUUGGUGGCCUUGGCACUAUUUAAGUUAUUGCUGCAAAACUUGCAUUCUCACUGCUUGCCAGUAACAGCUCUAAGUAGUCAAGCUGUACUAAAAUGUUUUAAUUGCACCAGGUUAACUUGGGUUCACUUCCUGUGUGUCGAAAAAAAAUAAGCAAUUUCAAUUCUAAUAACGAAGAGAAGAAAGAAUGUUAUUACAUAAGUCUCUAGCAGGCUGUUAAUUUGGUUUUAGUGAGGUGGCUGCUAAGACUAAAAAAGAAAAGGAAGAAACGGUCUGUAGAAAUUAGGAAGGAUCAACUCUAGAAUAAAUGUGACUAGUUUUUACAAAAGUCUGUAAGUUGGUGAAGUUCCUUUUCAGAUUGGAAUACUGUUCUUAGCCACAAUAUGUCUUGUCACUGAAAUGUUUUCCCUCUCUUCUUUCUACAUUUGGGGUGGGGUGGGGGGCGCGAAGGAAAAAAAACACAGGUUCACAGGCACUUGGGGUACUGUUGUUCAGAAAAUGUAAUAGAGGCAUAGGAGAACCAACUUCCUGGAGUGGGGAGGGCAGUAGACCAUCCUCACCAGCCACAUUGUCUGUACCAGGCUGAGGGCACACGGUAGGAUGGGGGUGUUCCUUAAGCCUGCAUAUGAGCUGCUCUGCUCAGAGUAGUGGGGACAAUUAUGCAACGACAGUGGAGAAAACAGAAGUGCUUAAACUUCCUCUUCUCUCGCAUGGUCUUCCUGUCUGCUCUGAAUUUGGCAGCUCAUGUGCAGGUGUGUGCUCUGUACAGGCCUAAUAAAAAUGUUGCACAGCUGGAUGUUGCCUGUUUAAUUACUAAUUGCCCAAUAUAACACCCCCUUGCCCAGUUAGAAGCGCAAAUCCAAAAAAGCGGCUUGUAAGGAUUGUGCGGAUACUAUAUUGAAGAGCCUUUUUCUGCCACUUAUUCAGUGGGCAAAGAAGUGACUCAAUUUACAAUUGUAGGGACAAGAAGGCAUGUGCACCUUGGCUUAAGUCAUGUUCUCAGGGUCUGUUUGAUCAUGGGAGAGGAAGAAAUCCUAGCUUCAUUAGGAUUUUGAGGUUCAGUUUGUAGAUCAGAGUUCCUAUGCCUUCAAAUAGGCACAGGAAAAAAAGAAUUUCAGGAGAUCCGUUUCUUCAUUCAUUGCUGCAGUAGCAAAAGCUGUGCCUACAAAUCUACACAACUAAUUCAGUGUGAAGGAGCUUCAUCGCUACAAAAUCUAGUGCUGUGUGUCAUAUUUUCUUUCUAAUGUAGACACACAGUAUUGUCUCCCCUUUCUGUUCAAAUACAGCUUAUGCGUUAACGAGGAUCUGUUGAUGCUUUCUUGAGCUGCUGACUAUAGAUUUCAGUAGUGGGGAAAAGCUUGUUGGCUCAAACUGCACUGACUACUCUCUGAAACCAGGAGAGCUGCUGUGUUACGACAUCUUAAACGGGAAAACAAUGCACGUAUCUAAAGCUUGUCUAAUUUUAAAUGUUGUGCUUAAGUUUUAUCUCAUGCCUAAGGUUGCCAGAUGGAAAUUCAGAGAUGCACUGCACCUUUUAUAUGUUUGGGAAGUGAGGCAGACCAUUCCUCUCCUCUUCAUGUAGCCAAGGAUAACUAACAAGACCCUAAGUGUGCUGCACAGAAGGAGGGGUGCAAGGUAGAUGAUGCUGUCACGGUCUUAAAUGUCGUGCUGUUUCAGGAAAUUUAAAGGAACAGUAUGAACCUCCUGGUUGCAUCUCUGUAACCCUACGCAGGCCUAAGUGAUUAAGCAAAAACAGUGUUCUGUAAUGUUCUUUUGGGAGAUCUGUAAGGCAUUCUUGUGUCAAAUGGACCAAAAUACUUAUAAACUAUUGUAAUUUUUUAAAAAAGCUUACAGUUGGAUUACAACUGAUAAAAGAAGAUGGAAAAGUCCAUCAUUCUUGGCAGCUGUUCAGAGAUUUUCAUUUUAAUGAUGAAAAGUGGAAUGAAUGAAAUAUAGUGUCUCUCUUUUUCAAAGAGCAGUUCAAUACUGUUGGCUCUCUGACCACAUUUUAGUGUUAAGAUUAACUGCCAUGUCUGAUGGGCCCCUGCAGUAAAUACUGAUAUAAAAAUUAGCCAUGAUUACAUUGUUUUGUUUAUAACUGCCAUGAGUUAUAAUGCAAAAAAUACGUAACCCAUUUUCUAUCCCUUUUUAUAAUAAAGAUGUGCUUGAAAUUGAA